AUGCCAGAAAUGAUCGAAUGUGAGGGAGAGGGGAAAAACAGGCAGCUCGAUUGGCUGGAGAGAGACACGGCAGUAACAGCAGAAACAGAGUCGGUGGCACUAGGAGACAGAGGAAGAGGUUUAGAGGGGAUAGAGGAGAGUCUGUUGAAGUGCUCUGCAGGAGAAACAGCUCCUCUCCACCCGGCGUGCAGACACACCCAGGUCUCUUCAAUCGACACGGGGAUAAAAGGCUCACCUAUACUCCCUGUUGAGGAUACAAAGACAGAGACGAGGGUUGUAUCAGCGUCUGACCAGCACUGCAGCAAUAACGCUGUGCCUCACAACUCACCGGAGAGUGAAGAGACGGGAGGGGGGACGCCCGUCAGCGGCACCCCAGGGACCAGCACACUCUCUCCAGCCACGGAGAGAGAGAAGAAGGGGGAGAAAGAGAAGGAGUCUGGACACCGGACAGAAGUCCACCACGUAUCUGAUACCUCUCCUUUUCCCCUCUGGGAAAUCACGGGACGUCACUGCCAGGAAGACAACAACACUGCUACUGCCACCGGAUUGGAGAGAGGGGGAAAGGAGGGAGAGGAGGGAAAAAGAGGAGGAGGAGGAAAGGAAGGCGGAGAACAGAGAGGAGGGAGAGGAGGGGAAGCUGCUGCCAGAGAGCAGGUUUCAUUGAGCCAUCUGACAGCGGCGGGCCCCACAGCUAGCAGGGUGUCAUCAGCUGAGAGUGAGACGUGUCAGCCCCCUGACUCUACCACCGCUGCCUUUCCUGUUCCUGUCGACUCAUUACCAUCGUCGCAGUGCUGCUGGGGGGCUGAGCUCAUCGCAGCCUCCUCGACCAUCUUCACAUCUGCCAGCAGCAGCAUCAUCAUCUCUGCUGAUCAGCACGAGGAGACCCGGGACAGCAACAACACAAAGAGGGGCACAGAGACCAAGGAGUCAGGAGACGACGAACUUUGUCUCGAACAGAGUCUGAAGUCAGAAGAGAACAGAGGUACAGAGUCGUCUCAUUUCAAACACAGCCUGAGUCCAGAACUAGAGGAGAAAGGAGGAAGGGUGCCCACAGGACCUGUCCUAGGUCUUAAAGACCACUCUGAGACACAGUUACAGGGCUCCAGAAGAAACACAAAGGGAGGCACAGAGACUGAGGACAGGGUUUGUCUCAAACAGAGCCAGGAGAGAAAGGAGGAUCCAGAAGAGAAAACACAGCAGAGCUCGGCUACAGUUGUGAGCUACGAUCAACCGGUCCAUAUCGACCGCACCAGCACCGAGAGUGAAGCUACACUCCCCAGGUCAGGACAGCCUCAGUCUCAAGGCUUUGGCAGUGGUGUAGUGGAAGGUCCCACCAUGGCUGGAGUUGAAGUGUUCCAGCUGGCUCGGAUGGGCAAUGUAGGGGACAACAGGAAACUAUUUUUCAAAGAUACGGUGAAAGCUGAUGAUAGCUCUUCUAUAGGCCUCAAUGAUGUCUUUGUCUCCCAACCAGCUACUGGACUGGACUGUGCCUCCCUGCCUCCACUGAAGAUACACGAGAACCUUCAUCACCCAGUGACUGAAUCCAGUUUCACCUCCCAUGACUUCCUCAGCUCCAAGAAGCCAGAGAUCCCACCACCACCAGCCGUAAGCCCACCACAAGCAGCUCUAGCUGGAGAUGCUCUUCCAACACUGAACCCACUUGACUUCCAGGAGGAGCCUCAGCGGAAGUCCCAACCAGGAAGAGAUGUCAAAGACCCUGGAAAGGUGUCAGACUCUGGGAAGGGGUCAGAGUCUGGGAAGGGGUCAGAGGAAGGAGAGAAGGAGGGAGGAGAGAAGGAGGGAGGGAAUAAGUAUGGACCAGAUAGAGGAAAAGUAGAAUUGUGCCUGUUAGCUAGGACAGGGCUUCCAGAGACCGCACGUGGAGAUUCUGGAGCAUUAGUAGUCGAAGACAAUAGUAAAAGACUUCAGGACUCCGCUCCUAUAUCUACUCUUAAUGCAGCUGACCCAGACCCAGUCCCAGUCCCAGUCCCAGACUCAGAACAGGUGGAUUUCAAACUUCCUCCUCCUCCUCCUUCUUCUUCAUCCCUCACACCAUCCCCUGCUCAGAAGCAUCUCACCACCACAUCCAGUGAAUCUGUUUUCCAGUUUUUUUUUAAAGAUGCCUUCACCUCUGCUGGACCUGUGUGCAGUGCCCAGUGUCUGUGUGCAGUGCCCAGUGUAGGUUCCCUCUCUAUCCAGCCAGACGGUGGAUCCAGAUCAAACCUCUCUGGAGAUGUGACCUUGAACAACACCACGGCUGUAGUAGUCACUACGAUGCUGAAGACAAAACCGGAUCAGGACCAGCCCGCCAUUCAGGCUGAUCAGCCCACAAGCCAAUUAGACCAAUCAGACCAAUCAAUUCGCCAUGACCUUCCUGUCACAGAUCAUAUGGAGACCAGAGAGAGGCCGCCACAGACUCCACAAUCUUCUAGAGACCCUCCCUCUGUGGCUUACACUAUGGCUGGGGACAGACUUGAGGUUGGAACCGGGGCCGAAGUUGUGCUAGAGACUGGGCUUCGUAUUCCAGAGAUGAAAGUCCCUGACCAAUCCCCUUCAGAUCCUAUGAAGAGUAGAGAGGGGCCUCAGAGUACAAACAUCCCUUCUUUGGAUUUGGCUAAGGCUGAAGAUGAGGCAACGACGGUGGCUGGAGCUGAGGCUGAAGAGGAGGCAUCGAACACGGCUGGAGCUGAGGUUGAAGAUGAGGCAACGACUGUGGCUGGAGCUGAGGCUGAAGAGGAGGCAACGAACACGGCUGGAGCUGAGGCUGAAGUUAAGACAGUGACUGAGGCUAGUAUUCCAAAGGUAACAGUCUUUGACCUGUGCUCUCCUAUACUGAGGGAUCAAUCAAAUAGCAUUGGACCAAUAGUGAUACUGAAGCACCCAGGUCCCAUGCUGAGUCACUAUGACAUCAUCGAACUUCCUGAUCAUGUGACAGGGGAAAUGACACCACUCCCUGAUCAUGUGAUACAGGAAGUGACACAGGCAGCAUCUGCAAUACUGGAUUCAGAGUAUAGAGAUUAUCUGAGACACAGGGAGGAAGAGGAAGUUCAUGAGACUGGCAGCAGUGUUGACAAGGGAUCACUGGCUGAAAAGGUUAAAGAGGAGGUUAGUGAGAAGCUUCCGGAAAAAAUCCCCAUCUCUAAAUCACCCUCUCAGCCUCAGACCACAACAGUAUCAACAGCUGGAUCUGAUAACACCAUUCCUGAGCCCAAGGUAGAAGAGCCUCUUAGGGUUAAUCUAUUCAGUGGCGCCGCAUCCAUUAAUGAUGAGGUCAUCGGUGUGGGUUUGUCCAUUAAAGAUGACAUCAUACAUGUCAGCCCACCACUCAGUGCUGAGCAGCCAAUAAGCAGCCAGCCUUUCAAUGAAAUAGAGGAGGACAAGCAGAAAGGAAAAUGGAAUCAGACAAGUACACAACAGCAGAGUAAUGGGACUGAUAAGAAAGCAGGAGAGCCAAUCAGAGAUACCGGAUAUCAGCAUUUGGAACAGGAGCAGACACAACCACUGACAGAAUCACAAACAGUAGCUCUCCAUGAGGAGAGAGAUGAGAGGAGUGAAAUAACAGACAUCGGAGUCAAUGGGCCUUCUCAUAACCGUUUCUUCUUAGAGUGGCGUGGUGGUGAUGUGCAGGGAGACAACGCGGGGACAGUUAACGCUGAGGAGCAAACGGGAAGACCGAGUGUCAGAACAGGUAAAGGAGAGGACACGACCUCAUCUGACCCCAGCCUGGCUCCUUUUGGCUCGUCUAAGGAUGAGCUUUGUUCCAGUGGAGACUGUAGCUAUUCAUCCUCUCCCUCUGCGUUAGAACAAAGUCUCUACCCCACGCUGCCGGUGCCAGCAACAGUGAAGACACAGGAGCCCUGCGAAGAGACUAGAGACCCCUUUGUACCCGAUUCGACUGAAAAUGCAGCCCUUAACCAAUCAGAUUCAGUGAUUCGUCUGAACCGUUUUGCUCGGCAACAGGAACAAGGACAGCAGCAGGAAAGGCCAGGAUCCAGUACUGCCUCAGAGGACUUAUCAUGUGGUCGUUUAGUUAGACGUGAUGGAGGAGGAGAAUCAGACGACAACAAACGCACCGAGUCCCUCACAGCUUCAACACUGUUGCCGGGGGUAACACAGGGAGCGGAGAAGACCCUGGGCGGUCAGGAAGAGAACGGCAAGUCAGGUGACUGCAACUAUGAUGUCAUCGACAGAGAGAGAGGUCUGGACACAGGGGAGGGAGUGGGGAAAAUUACUUCUCCUGUAAGGGACUAUGGAGUCAGUAUCCCUUUUCAUAGCUUCAACCUUAGUCGUGAAGGAGUCAAUAUGCCUUCUCAUAGUCACAAUCAGUUCUUUUUAGACUUGGGUAGUGGGGAUGUGGAGAGAGACAGCAACACAGGGACUGUGGUAAAAGUCCCUGAUGGUAAUGAAGAGACGACAGGUGAAAUCCAAAACACUGGGCCCGGAGAAGUCCAUGUCCUGUCGGAUUCAAACCGCUCAGAGCUCAAGUCAAAAGGUCUGUCGGCGACGGAUGAGGAGAAUGUUGAGGCUAAGAGUCAGAGAACUGGUGUUAUAACACCGACUCGUCAAGAGCAUUGCAGCGAAACAGAGAACACUGCAGCCCCCGUCGAAACGGAUUCACACCAAGAUGAAACCACACCGCUGGAAUCUCCUGCCUCAUCAUCGUCGUCUUCUUCACAGGGAAGAGUCAGCGCCGAGGGGCAUGGGGUUCACAAGGAGGAGGUCAUACCACAUAAUCCAGACAUGGGGCCCAAACCUAACCCCGCCUCAGACCAUCAGACCAAAGUGACUGUCCCUGUCAAACUGACCCCAGACCAGGUCACGGACACUCCUGUCGUAGUGGCUGACACUCACCCUGUUCAGGUCCAAUCCUCUGUACAGGAUGCAGAGUACAAGGCCGUUGAACCAUGUUCAGCUUAUGACGCGGUAAAAAACAGAAACGUUCGUGAUACUCGAGAAAGUCCUGGUCUCAAUGUCGAUCCAGAUCCUCGUGUGGUCCAGAAGGCCUCCGGCACAACAACCACACAAAGCCCCAGAGUAGUACAACUGGCUGACUCAGAGAGAGAGGCCGCGGAGGAGGAUAUUGACGCCUUAAACAGGAAGAAAGAGAAGAGGAUGAAAGCGUUAGAGAAAAGGAUGGAAGAGAGGAAACAAAAGCAGAAGAAAAAGAAGGAGGAAAAACAGAGGCUCUUAGCAGAGGGUGAUGCAGUUCCACAGGAUGCCACAGAACAGACUGGUCCUACCACAGAACAGACUGGUCCUGCCACAGAACAGACUGGUCCUGCCACAGAACAGACUGGUCCUGCCACAGAACAGACUGGUCCUACCACAGAACAGACUGGUCCUGCCACAGAACAGACUGGUCCUACCACAGAACAGACUGGUCCUACCACAGAACAGACAGAGAUGUCAGUCUGGCAGAACCAGGCAGAACCAGAACAGGCAGUACCAGAGGUAGACUGGUUGGCUGCUCUCAGGUCUCAUGCAGCCUCCCUCUCACAGUCCCACCAACAGAACACAGCGGAGUCCUCUGAGAAAACUACAGAACGCAGAAGCUUCCAGCCUUUGGAGCCUCUGGUGUCUCCUGUGGCAGAGUUCCAAUCCCCCUCUGAAGAGACCCCCACCCCACUGGGUCCAGCAGAGACCCCUAGCCCACUGGGUCCAGCAGAGACCCCUACCCUACUGUGUCAGGCAGAGACUCCUACCCUACCGUGUCAGGCAGAGACCCCUACACCACUGGGUCCGGCAGAGACCCCUACCCUACUGGAUAAGGCAGAGACCCCUACCCUGCUGGAUCAGGCAGAGACCCCUACCCUACUGGAUCAGGCAGAGACCCCUACCCCUCUGGAUCAGGCAGAGACCCCUACCCCUCUGGAUCAGGCAGAGACCCCUACCCCUCUGGAUCAGACAGAGACUCCUACCCCACUGUGUCAGGCAGAGACUCCUACACUACUGGGUUUGGCAGAGACCCCUAGCCCACUGGGUCAGGCAGAGACCCCUACCUCACUGGGUCAGGCAGAGACCCUUACCCCACUGGGUCAGGCAGAGACCCCUACCCCACUGGGUCAGGCAGAGACCCCUACACUACUGGGUUUGGCAGAGACCCCUAGCCCACUGGGUCAGGCAGAGACCCCUACCCCACUGUGUCAGGCAGAGACUCCUACACUACUGGGUUCGGCAGAGACCCCUACCCCACUGGGUCAGGCAGAAACCCCUACCCCACUGGGUCAGCCAGAGACCCCUACCCCACUGGGUCAGGCAGAGACCCCUACCCCACUGGGUCAGGCAGAGACCCCUACCCCACUGUGUCAGGCAGAGACCCCUACCCCACUGUGUCAGGCAGAGACUCCUACACUACUGGGUUCGGCAGAGACCCCUACCCCACUGGGUCAGGCAGAGACCCCUACCCCACUGUGUCAGGCAGAGACUCCUACACUACUGGGUUCGGCAGAGACCCCUACCCCACUGGGUCAGGCAGAAACCCCUACCCCACUGGGUCAGGCAGAGACCCCUACCCAACUGGGUCAGGCAGAGGAAGCUACCCCAGUAAGACAGAAAAAGGAGCAGACAGAGGAGCAACCAGCCCAUGAAAAAGAGACCCCAGGACAGACAAUUAGCGGGUCCUCCCUGACAGAGGCUGAGCAGAUUGAGGAGAGGAGUAAGCCUCCUUCUUUCACCUCCUCCUCCCCACCUCCUCCCCCUGUCACCUCCUCCCCACCUCCUCCCCCUGUCACCCACUCCCCACCUCCUCCCCCUGCCACCUCCUCCCCACCUCCUCCCCUGUCACCUCCUCCCCCCACCUCCUCCCCCUGUCACCUCCUCCCAACCUCCUCCCCUGUCACCUCCUCCCAACCUCCUCCCCUGUCACCUCCUCCCCACCUCCUCCCCCUGUCACCUCCUCCCAACCUCCUCCCCUGCCAACCUCCUCCCCACCUCCUCCCACGUCUCCUGGACCAGUCUUCCAGUACCCUCCUGCCCUCCCUACCUACCUUCAGGAAGAUUUCCCCACCCCUCCUCCCACUCGUCAAGAGAGGCUGCCCCCAGAGCUCCAGUCGACUGAGCCCGGCACACCACUUCCUGCAUCCCCCCAGGCUCCAGCAGAAGCCCCAGAAACUCCGGCUUCUUCCCCACCUGCAGCUCUAGCAUCAACCCCGGUUGUCCCGCCUCUACCUGUACCUACACCUUCUGAGAGUCGGGACACCACACUCACCACCACUACAUUCUCUGAACCCCUGACAAAAUCCCCAGCCUCCCUACCUCAACCUCCACCCCGUGAAGAGGACACCAUCUCCACCCCUGCACCCUGUGACCCCUGUGACCCUACACCCAGGUAUGGUUACCUCUAUGUUGCUAUAUUGGACCAGUGUCAUACACACCUACAGUACCAGUCAAAAGUUUGGACACACCUACUUAUUCCAUUAUUUUAUUUUGUAAGAUAAUAGUGAAGACAUCAAAACGAUGAGAUAACACAUAUGGAAUCAUGUAGUAACCAUAAAAGUGUAAAACAAAAAACAAAAACAAAAAAUAUUUUAUAUUUUGAGAUUCUUCAAAGGACAGCUUUGCACACAAGUCAAAUCAAAUCAAAUGUAUAUUUAUAUAGCCCUUCUUACAUCAGCUGAAAUCUCAAAGUGCUGUACAGAAACCCGGCCUAAAACCCCAAACAGUAAGCAAUGCAGGUGUAGAAGCACUUGAAUUACAGAGACUAGCUUCUCCAACAACACGUACCAGUCGCAUCUUAACCACUUC